AUGGCGACUCUCUCUGCUCCGGAUAGAAGACCCACACGCCUAUCUCGUUCAAUACCAACUAGCUUCUGCCUCUGCCCUCGACUUAAAACCCCAGUUCUUGAAAACUCCAUAGUCGUCACAAUUCUGCAUCACAGUGUAGAGAAGAAACAACCACUCAUUUCAACUAAAACUGCAAAACUAGUUUGCAUCCAUAAAGUUGCAAUAAUAGUUUGGUCAGUCAAAGCCAACACAAAGAGGAGAAGUGAUUCACUUGAGCUUAUCAAUUUGCCCGAAAUCCGGGAACCAUCCCUCUUAUCCCCAAAAUCUAAAAUAGAAAUUGUGCCUCUCACAAACUUUGUCGCCGCUGUCCGGCCACUGCAACCGCCACCGCCACCGCCCUGCUGUUGCUUGAGUCUUGAGAGCAAAAACAAUUUUGUCAAGAAUGGGUAUCAAAUUCAAUCAAGUCCUUCUAAAUCCACUACUACUCGCAACAAUACAGCUCUUCUUGUAAUCGAUAUGCAGAAUGAUUUUGUGUUGGAGGAUGCGCCAUUGCGUGUUGAUGGUGGCCUUGCUAUAGUUCUUAAUGUUAUUAAGGCAGUUGAGGUUGCUAGACAACGAGGCUUCCUUGUUGUUUGGGUUGUAAGGGAGCAUGACCCAAAGGGAAGAGAUGUUGAGGUGUUCAGGAGGCAUUUAUAUGGUGAUGGAAAAGCAAAGCCUACUUCAAAAGGGAGCAAAGGGGCAGAGCUUGUUGAUGGUCUUGUUAUCAAAGAAGAAGAUUAUAAGGUGGUAAAGACAAGGUUUAGUGCCUUCUUUGCUACAAAUCUUCAUUCAUUUCUUCAAGGAGCAGGGAUUGAUAGUUUAGUUGUUGUUGGUGUUCAAACUCCAAACUGUAUAAGGCAGAGUGUUUUUGAUGCUGUGGAACUUGAUUACAAAUCUGUUACUGUUAUUGUUGAUGCCACAGCUGCUGCUACACGUGAUGUACAUGCUGCAAAUGUUAAUGACAUGAAGAAUAUAGGAGUUGCAGCUCCAACACUUAAAGAAUGGUGCGAGUCCAGUAGCUCCAACACUUAAAGAAUCGUGCUAAUAUUAAAAUAUUAUUUUCAUUUCUUUUGAGCGUAUGUCAAUAUGUAUAUAUAUACACACAUGAUUGAAGGGUUAUAUAUUUUCAAAUGAAUAUGGUUGUAAUGGCCUUCCGUUG